AUGAGCUUCAUGCAAAAGCGCGGUCUCUCGACCCUUAUCCCCCCCAAAAUUGCCUCGCCUUCCGGUAUCGGCGCUCAGCAAGAUGCCGCACGGAUGCACCGGGUCGUGAGCUUCUACGAGAAGCUGCCACGGGGUCCAGCACCGGACCCGAAGCCAAAGGGCCUCCUCCAGAGGUACCAGGCGCGGUACAUGGGCAAGAAUGCUUCAGCGAUGCCCAUUGUUCACGUCAUUGGCGGCCUGAUGUUGAUCGGCUACAUCCAGAACUACUACUUCCAUUUGCGUCACCACAAGAACAAUGCUCACUGA